AAGAAACUCCCUUCUGCAAACGAACUUAACUACUUCACCAUUAGUAUAUAAUAGCCCAUCGAGCAGUUAAUUUCUGGAAAUUUAUAUAUACAUGCACUCAAGUCCUGCAAGUUUGCUCUAUUUGUCGCAGAUUUUGUUAGAAAAUACUGAGCUAGCGAGUUGAAAAUAACACCUAACACGAAGCUAGGUUACGUUGCAAAAGCAAGUAAGCAGGCAGGUUACGCCAUACUAAUCUUCAGUUCCCAUAACUCUUGUUCAAAAGGAGUUGGAGGAGGUAAAUCGCGAGUAAUCUCGUCAAUCUCCAAGUUCUCACUCCUUAUCUGUAUAUUCUGUGCAUCGUAUGAAAUCAGAAAGAUGACCGAGGAUCCUUACCGAGUGGACACCACAUCACGUUUCGCGCAAUGGCGCUUCGAAAAUUUGCCUACCUGCACUUACCGCAGGUCUCAGCCUUUCAUCAUGGGCAAGUGGAAUUGGAUUCUAGUUGUGGAGAAUAACAGAUCAUUAUCCGUUAAGUUCCACCCAGAGACAUCCAAUACAACAAGAGAUAAUCCUCCCAUAGCAUCUUUCAUAAUUAGAUUAGUGUCCAACAAUGUUGGACCUGAUCGCAAGGUUCUGGUCCAUCCAGAAGUUAUAGACAAGAAGUUCAAGUACAGUGAAACCACUUUCCUCUGGACAAUUCAAGCCCCAAUAUCCGGCAAAUUCAUCUUAGACAUUGAGUUUCUUGAUCUCAAGAUUGAAUCUCCCAAUAAAGGGGAUGAGCUGUGCUCAAUCUGGGCUGAAACCUUCAAGCGGGAAGAAUCAAACGCACACUCCUUAUCAUCCUUGGCUACGAUGUUCUCCAAAACCAUCCUCACAGACAUCGUAAUCAACGUAUCAGACGGAAGCAUCGAAGCUCAUCGCGCGGUCCUGGCCGCAAGAUCGCCCGUGUUCCACACCAUGUUCUCGAGCGACCUCAAAGAGAAAGAGGUCUCCACCGUAGACAUCUCCGACAUGUCGGUGGAAUCUUGCCGGAUUUUGCUGAGCUACAUGUACGGCAGCAUAAAGAACGACGAUUUCAUAGCGCAUAGACUGGAGCUUCUCCGAGCGGCGGAUAAGUACGACGUUGGGGAUCUGAAAGAGGCGUGUAGCCAAAGCCUGCUGGAAGACAUCGAUUGCAAGAAUGUUUUGGAGAGGCUCCAAGCCGCCGUGCUUUAUGAGCUGCCGCAACUGAAGCUUAGUUGUAUGCAGUAUCUUGUGAAGUUCGGUAAGGUGUUUGAAAUUCGCGAUGAGUUUGCUGCGUUUCUGCAAUAUACGGAUAGAGAACUCAUCUGUGAAAUGUUUAGUGAAAUUCUGACUGUCUGGAAAGGCUUAUGAAUCUCUCUCUCUCUACCCAAAUGGAGACACCAAAUAUAUAUAUUCCUUUUAUAUAUAUAAUAUAUAAAUACCCAAAUGGCCAAAUGUUUUUCGUCAA